AUGGUGGAUUCAUACUCAAAGUGGCCAGAAGUGGUCAAGAUGACUACUACUGCGUCAAUGCAAACUGUCGAUGUUCUGGGGGCUGUAUUUUCUAGAAAUGGACUCCCAGCUACAAUCGUCAGUGGUAAUGGACCACAAUUUACUUCUAGAGAAUUUGAAGAUUUCUUGAGUGCAAAUGGUAUUCAGCACAUUAAAACUACCCCAUACCAUCCAUCUAGCAAUGGGUUAGCUGAGCGCUUCGUACAGACAUUCAAACAGGCCAUGAAAUGUAGUAAAAAUGAAGCAGGCGGUGUGAAUAAGAAACUAGCAAACUUCUUGUUAGCUUACGGAAGCACUCAACAUUGCACUACCAAUGAAACACCAGCAAAAUUUAUGAUGGGAAUGGAGUUGCGAACAAAAAUGGAUCUGCUAAGACCAAAUGUAGAAUUGCAUGUUAAGCAGAAACAACAACAGAUGUGUGCACAGAGAAGUUCACCUCCUCGGGAGUUUGAAUAA